GAGCUGGAGCUGCUGUGAGGAGUUUGUUCCGUCGGCUGUUGUGUCGGCCUGUCUCCCCCGCCGGGAUGCACGACGCCUACGAACCGGUGCCGAUCCUGGAGAAGCUGCCGUUGCAAAUCGAUUGUAUGGCGGCCUGGGAGGAUUGGCUUCUUGUUGGCACCAAGCCAGGACAUCUCCUUCUCUACAGGAUCAAGAAGGAAUUGGGUAGCAACAGAUUUGAAGUCUUACUUGAAAAGUCCAACAAAAACUUUUCAAAGAAAAUUCAACAGCUGUAUGUUGUAUCCCAGUUUAAAAUACUGAUCUCCCUCUUGGAAAGUAAUAUUUAUGUUCAUGACUUACUCACAUUCCAACAAAUUACAAUGGUUACAAAGGCCAAAGGUGCCAGUCUGUUCUCAUGUGACUUGAAGCGAUCUGACGGCGAUGAGCUGAUUCUCAAUAUGUGUGUAGCUGUGAAGAAGAAACUUCAGCUCUACUACUGGCAGGACAGGGAGUUUCAUGAAACACAGGCGGAUUUCAGUGUUCCUGAUGUUCCCAAAUCCAUGGCUUGGUGUGAGAACUCCAUUUGCGUGGGCUUUAAGAGGGAUUACUAUCUUAUUCGGUUGGAUGGGAAAGGUUCAAUAAAAGAGCUUUUCCCAACCGGGAAGCAACUGGAGCCCCUUGUGACUCCCUUGGAGGACCAAAAGGUGGCAGUUGGGCAAGAUGACUUAACAGUGGUUCUGAAUAAGGAUGGAAUCUGCACUCAGAAAUGUGCUCUGAACUGGACAGAUAUCCCUCUCGCAAUGGAACAUCAGUCGCCUUAUAUCAUAGCAGUGCUGCCGCGAUAUGUGGAGAUCCGUACUUUUGAGCCACGCCUGCUGGUACAGAGUGUGGAGCUGCAAAGGCCACGGUUUAUCACUUCAGGAGGGCCUAACAUUGUAUAUGUGGCCAGCAAUCACUUUGUAUGGCGAUUGGUACCUGUUUCAAUUGCAACUCAGAUCCGACAGCUUCUUCAAGACAAGCAGUUUGAAUUAGCAUUACAGCUUGCUAAAAUGAAGGAUGACUUGGACAGUGAUAAGUGGCAGCAGAUUCACCACAUUCAGAACCUGUUUGCUUUCAAUCUGUUCUGCCAAAAACGCUUUGAUGACUCCAUGCAGGUUUUCGCUAAACUCGGCACAGAUCCCACUCAUGUGAUUGGGCUUUACCCAGACCUGUUGCCAGCUGAUUACAGGAAACAACUUCAGUAUCCAAAUCCUCUUCCGGCACUAUCCACUGCAGAACUGGAGAAAGCACAUUUAGCACUCAUAGACUACUUGACACAGAAACGAACCCAUUUGGUAAAACAACUGCAUGAUUCAGAACCCUCUACCACGUCACCCCUUGUGGAAGGAACUCCAAUUAUCAAGUCAAAGAAAAAAUUACUCCAGAUCAUUGACACAACAUUACUGAAGUGUUACCUUCACACAAAUGUGGCACUCGUGGCCCCCUUGUUACGGCUGGAGAACAAUCACUGUCACAUUGAAGAGAGCGAGCAUGUACUGAAGAAAGCACACAAGUACAGCGAGCUGAUCAUUCUGUAUGAAAAGAAGGGCCUGCAUGAGAAAGCCCUGCAGGUUUUACUAGAUCAGGCGAAGAAAGCCAAUUCACCACUGAAAGGCCAUGAGCGAACUGUGCAGUACCUCCAAAGACUGGGGAACGAGAACUUGAAUAUUAUUUUUGAAUUUUCUCUUUGGGUCCUGAAAACAUGUCCGGAAGAUGGGUUAAAGAUAUUUACAGAGGAUCUGCCCGAGGUGGAAAAUCUACCAAGAAACAAAGUUUUGGACUUCCUAAAGGAGAGCUGUAAAGAGCUUGCUAUUCCAUAUCUGGAACACAUUAUCCAUAUCUGGGAUGAAACAGGGCCAGUCUUCCACAACUGCCUGAUCCAACUGUACCGUGAGAAGGUGCAAGCCCUCAUGAAGGAAUAUCUCAACUCUCUGCCUGAGGAUGAGAUUCCUGUUCCUGCUGGAAUGGAGGAAGGGGAGUUGGGAGAGCAUAGGAAAAAGCUGUUGUGUUUCUUGGAAAUUUCAACGCAUUAUCAACCCAGCAAACUCAUCAGCGACUUCCCAUUUGAUGGGUUGCUAGAGGAGCGAGCAUUGCUGAUGGGUCAGAUGGGUUUACACGAACAAGCCCUUUUUAUUUAUGUUCAUAUACUGAAGAAUAUUAAAAUGGCCGAAGAAUACUGUCACAAGCAUUACGAUUGGAACAAGGAUGGCAACAAAGAUGUGUACCUUUCUCUAUUACGUAUGUACCUGUCGCCACCUGACAUUCACUGUGUGGGACCAAUCAGGAUGGAGAUACCAGAGCCACAGGCAAACCUGCAGGCUGCAUUGCAAGUACUGGAGCUGCACCACAGCAAACUGGACACCACAAAGACUUUGAAUCUGCUUCCUGCCAACACGCAAAUCCGGGAGAUCCGAGUAUUUCUGGAAAACGUUCUUGAAGGAAAUGCACAGAGACGACGCUGCAAUCAAGUUAUGAAAAGUCUCCUUCAUGCAGAAUUCCUUCGUAUUCAGGAGCAGAGAAUUUAUCAUCAGGAGGUGAAAUGCAUCAUAACAGAGGAGAAAAUCUGCCGAGUCUGCAAAAAGAAAAUUGGAAACAGUGCUUUUGCUCGUUAUCCCAAUGGAGUUGUGGUCCAUUAUUUCUGCUGCAAAGACCGCAAUGUUUGUCCCACAGAGACGUGAGUGUGCCAGUUCAAUCAGGAUGCAAGAUCUUUUUUGUUCUGAAGAUGGACAUUUGAAUAAGAUGGACUUUCAGAAAGCUGGCCUGACUGUUGGAGGAUGAGUGGGCAUAUGAUGUGCACUGUGUGAUAUAUUGUUAACUUCAUUAAUAAUUGUGUACAGACACUCUUAAUGGCAUGUCCGCUGUCUGCUUACAUUGGGGAGUUGCUGAAAAACUGGAAGUCAUUUUCUGUGUAUAGUUGUAUAUUUGACCUUUGCCAUUUCAUGAAAGACAAUUGCACUACAUAAGAGCACAUCCCCAGAGUCUAAAAGCAGACCCGUUGGUUUUUAGGCUUCACCAGAAAUUAAAUUCCUUAUGAAGAGGUGUGACAUUUUGAGGACUUAUUCUCCUCUUACCUAAGCCCUCUGUUCAUAGCAUUCUUUAGUUUGUAGCUCCUGACUUUUACUUACACAUCCUGCCUGCUGUGAGUGUUGUGUGCCUUGUUCUAAUAUGGAAAAAAUACUAAAUGAUGCAUUAUAUGGAAGUGACAUGUUCACUGCUGGUGUGGAACACCUUCCUUUAUGACGGUAUUGAAGUUAUGAAGCUCAUUUGAUCUUUUUAUUUUGGAUCUUGAAUCCAUAAAUGUUAACCAUGUUGGGCGUGUCUUGUCACUUUUUGUCUUUGAAUACGUUAGCAGACCUGUUUGAAUUGGAAAAAAAAAAUUUUUGUACGCCAUGCUACUUUAUAUUCUUUCACUAUUAAAUCCCCACAUACUAAAGCAACUUUUAAUACAAGUACAUUAGCAUUCCCCACCUGUUCUUGGUUGAGGCAACAAUUGUGUGGCUGCACACCUCUGUUCCAUCCCAGAUACUGGGUAGCAACGUGUGAAAGUUGGGUAAGCACUGGAAGAAGCUUAGCUGUGAUACCCCUGUCCCUGCAACUGUUGGGUAGAAUUCAUUGUCUAGGUCAUGUGAGUGAGAUACUGGAGGGCUAUGGUACUGUUGGGGUCUUAUCCCAGUCACUGUACUUUCAGGAGAGAAGAAAAAAACAAAGGUUCAGAAAUGUUCUUUUGGUUACAGAGAUAAUCAAAAAGGUGAAUUUUAAACAAUGCUCCAAAUGAAUGGGGAUUUUUUUUGUGUGCAAUGGAAUAGUCUGGUUAUAGGAUUGCAUUUGUUUCCAAUAUAUAUCCUGUUGGAUGCUAAGCACCAAGGUUGAAUUUUAAUUUUUAACAGGUGGCUAGAUUUUGGCAAUGGGUUUGUAUUUUUUUGCUAAAUUUUCCUUUUCCUACAGUGGAAGGAUUUUAAAUAGUCGUUCUUCACCCUCACCUCCAUCCUCCACAUGGCAUCUAUUCUAAUGAAAGGAAUGCAACAACAUGAAGUGUGAAGGAUUGAUUAUAUGGUGUGUGUGCAAUGAGCUGGGAUACUGUUAGCUCACAUGCAUUCGGUUUGAUGCUUUGUUUUGCAACAGCACUUCAUAGAGUACAAUGGGGUAGCAACAGUUGAAGGCCAGAAAAUGGAGGUUGGGAAGCUUGCAGAAACAAUUUGCUUUUGAUUAUGUAAGGAUCAGACUAGCAAAACUUAGAGGGUAAAGAACAUGUCCAGGAUUUUGCAUGUCAGUCUCUCACAAUGCCCAGCUCUGCAUUGUUGCAUUGAUGCUAAGCUUAGAAUUAAAACCUGAUGUCCUUACUGGGAAGUUGCAUUUCAACUAGAAGCUCCCAGCUUAAAAGUGUCCCUGAUAGAACAUAGACCUAAGCUUCCCUGCAGGGGAAAUCUCCACAAGAAUUUCUCUGGAGAAAGGGAAAACAAACAGAUUUAAGUGAGGUGAAUAUAUCAUUCUGCUCAAUUCUGCCUUCUGGUGAGUCAACCAGAAUCAAGACUGCCCAUAAAUCUGAUCCCAUUUCAAGUAGGUGUGCACUCCAACUUCUAGACGAUGGCUAAUAACUGGAAAGAAGGGAACAAUUUGGCAGGCAAAAAUUAAAGAAGCAAUCAUGAAUACAUUAUUUAAAAAAACAACUUGAUUGAAUGCUACAACAGAUUAUGACAUCACACUAACCAUGUUAUAUUAAGCACCAAGCAGAGAAGGAAGAAGGCUGAUUCAACCAUGAUGAUUAGGCACCAGGAACUUUUAAUUUAACAGUGACCUGGAGAAUGUGGCCUCUGUGUUGCUUUCUGAAUGGGUUGAAUUUGGAUCUCCCAGUGAUUAUGUUUAAAUGUGAUAAAACUUUUCCUUACUGCUUAUUUUGCACUUAAGGCUGUCCUGAGUAAGCUUGUGAAUAGAAAUUUUUAUUAACUAUCCAGAAGGAAGAGUCAGUGGCCCAAUGGAUUUCAACUCUGGAUAUCAGCUUCCAUUUUCUGCUCUCCCUAGGAUUUUGAAUUGCAUUGGGGAUGAUCUCAAUUUGUUCUAUAUAUCUGUAGAUCCACAACAGAAAACUGUCCAUAAUUUAGUACAAAUUAACAUUUGUUUAUUUGGAGAAGCCCAAUAGAAUAUUUAUACCAAAUAAAAUGGAGUAGACUUUGUGGAUAGAGGGAGUGCAUUUGUUUUCCCAGGUGUGUUUGUACGUUACUGUGACUAUUACUAUCCUUAAAUCUGUUGUGUCUGUUUUUAUGGCAACAGUAGAAAUUGACUAGUGUUAAUGCCUGAUCUCCUGAAGAUAAUUCUGACUUUCUAAAAUUUGAUGUUCCUUCCUAUCCCAAAUCUGCCUGAACACUGAGAUAAAGUUUAAAACCUUUCAUCUUCCUGAGGAAUUUUAUGAAAUCCAAAGUUGGAUGAAAUCCAAGGCCACAGAUUUCUUUAUGUUUAAGUCUAAUACCAGGAUAUGUCAACUUUCCUUUGCCUCCCCCCUCAGUUUAAAAACUAGAACAUUAAAUUCCCAGGCACCCUAUUGAUAGAAACUGUUUAAUGUGCUCUAAAGUCAAGAUUUGAUUUUUGCAUUUACAAAACCUUGAGAUUCCAUACUAGAUUUAUGGCAAAUGUGCCCCUUGACAGAUGAAGAAAGCCUGUGUUCAGGGAGCUAACUGCAGCCAAAGCAACUUUGGGACAGGGAAACAUCAGAUCAUUGUUUAAGUACUGGAGAACAGCUGGCACCUGUGGAACUGUACUUCUGCAUUAUUACCUUUAAGAGAAGAUGAUAGAAGACUAGAAGGUGAUAAGGUACUUGCAAGCCACAAGUUACAAUUUAUUCUUGGUAUGACAAAAGUUGCGAACAUUACUAGUAUUAUGCUCUCUCUCAGUUCCUCCAUUGAGCAGUUGUUGAUUAGUCAAGUCCUUCUAAUAGCAGCUCUCACUGAAUGUAGCAUUGAAGUUGAAGUGCAAAGAGUGAGAGAGAUCUCUGCCUUGAGGUUGUUUACUUUGCUUCUCAACUUUCAAAUAAAUCGACGCAGCUGUGGCUAUCAACAGGCACAGGCGAUAUUGAACAACUUGAACAUGGAAUCCUCUGAUUUAAAUUGGAGUUUGCAAUACUUACUGAUUUCAAUGUACCAGUGACACAAUUCACACAGCAACAGUUUUUUUAAUGGACUGAAGUGCCUAAAUGGAAGGGAAGAAAACAUUGGCACCACCUGCCGUCAUGUUUCUAGUUAGUCCCAUCCACUACACGCCCUUCUGAUCCUCUCUCGUUGCAAGGGAUUGGUAUGGAGACCUUGAGAACAGGACAGGAAGGGAAGAUACUGUAAAUACUAACAGCAAAUGCUUUGCAGUUAUUUUUGGAAAAAUAGACACUAGUGCUGCAAUAUUGCUUGCACUUCUCACAGUUCUGGAUUUGGUAGUACUGUGCCAUACCUAACUCCUGAUGAUUGAAAAGUUUGUGCACUUUCUAGUCUUUUUAGAAAUUAAACUUGAGAAGAUUUGCUUAACAGGAAUUCCGAUGACUGCUAUAUUAUGUUCAUCUUGAAUGCUUCUGUAUAAUUUAAACUAUGUUUGUAUAAAUGUAAAUAUUUUUUUCUUUCCUUGGCUCAUGCUGCUUUACUGAAAAGUAACAAAAUGUACUGGUAAAGAAUGUGUAUGGCUGUGCAAUUUGGUUUGCUUAUGAAAGUGCAUUUUUGGAGAGUUGUGGAGUGUGCACUUUAGGGAAUUCCCAGAUAAAAGUACUUGGGUUCCUGAUGUAGGCUGUUAAGUCCUCUCAUUCGAAGCAGUAAUUAGAAAGCAAUAAUAGAUACAACACACCUGUCCUUAGGAGCAAAAAGUCAACCUGAUCACUACCAGUUGAAGCCUGACUGAAAGACAGCUGACAUCUAUAUCUAUGCGCACUGUGUGUUGGGGCUCAGCUGUAAUACCUUGUGAAGUCAAAUAUCUUGUAAAUAUAUAUGCCAUGCGUGAAAUAUGAGGAGGGCAGUAUUUGUGGACCAGUUUGCCCAGAGAGAGUCAACAUCUUCCAAGAGAAGAGGCCCAAAGUAACAAAUUGGCUAUCAGGAAUUAAUGCAACGUGUGGUGAAAAAGUAAUUGUUUUCAGUCUUUAUUUUCUGUUUAUUGAGAAAAGCAUUUAUGUGGAACAUUUUCAGCUUUGUAAGAAAUGGACAUGGAUUGACUUUUACAAUAAUUUCGACAGCGAUUAAUAUGGUUCAUAUUUGAUUCAUUACACAGCUUUGUAAUGCAGAAUUCCCAUACUUUCAACUAUGCGUGUUCACUUGCGCGUUGAGAGGUUGCUUGCCAGCCAUGUUACUGUUCUUUAAUAAAGGUAAAAUGGUGGUGUA